CCAAAUGAUUUGCCAUUUCAGACAUCUCUCUCUCUCUCUCUCUCUAAACAGGCGUGCCCAUUUUUGCAUCCUCCGCAUGGUGGUGAGGUUAGCUUGUUGUGUCAAUAAGAAGAAGAGAAAAACCCUAGAAAUCUUUCAACAAUGGACGAAGAGUCAUGUGAAGUGCAUUCAGAAGACAAUAAAGCUCUUCCAGAGAAAAACAAGAAAAGAAGGCUCAAGACACCAUUCCAGGUUGAGGCUUUAGAGAAGUUUUAUAGUGUACACAAAUAUCCAUCAGAGGAAAUGAAAUUUCAACUUGCAGAGUCAAUAGAAUUGACAGAAAAGCAAGUUUCUGGAUGGUUUUGCCACAGAAGGUUGAAGGACAAGAAAUCAAUAUAUGUUGAAGCAUCUGCAAAUGGAAAACAAGAACGUUCAAGUGGUAUUGUACAGGACCGCGGCAGUGGACUUAGGCAGGAUUCGUGUGGCAGCACCAAACAAGGGGAUAACAGGCAUGUUGAUCCUAGGGAGGUAGAAAGUAGAAGGUGUAGUGGCCAAGAUCUUUCAGCUGCUGACCUUGCAUAUGAGCAUGGGCGUUGUCAUAAUGGAAAUUACAGUGAUGUGGAUGAUACAUCUUCAGAAAGUAGCUUGCCUUUACAGCAUAGGUUUCAUCCUCAAAACGAGGUUCCUUUUGAUAUUGCAACUUCAAGUUGCCUACCACAGAAUGAAAACAUUGCACCGCUAAAUUCGAUGGGCAUAAGAACCAGGACUGGGCCAUCAGGAUAUUUAAAAGUGAAGGGUCAGGUUGAAAAUGCUGCUAUUACCGCUGUUAAGAGGCAACUGGGGAGGCAUUAUCGGGAGGAUGGCCCACCACUUGGUGUUGAAUUUGACCCACUUCCCCCUGGUGCAUUUGAGUCUUCAAUCAAGGAACCAGACAAUGAACCAUACUACCUUGGUGAUCCAAAUCUGCUCCACUCACCAGAUGUUCCUAGGGCCCACAACCAACCUAAUUCUGGCACGAGAUACGAAGUAUACAAUUGCAAGAUGAGCUCGCACAACUCAGGUUUGGAUGGAACUAGCUUCAAACUUAUGCAUGGGUCUGAUUACGAUGAAAGUUGUUUCGGCCACCAAUCUAAGCCAAAGCCUCUUUUACCUAAUCAUGAUAAUCCUUUUCCUAGCCGAAACUCAUCAUUAGGAGUGGAUGAAAGUUCUGCUCGAGAAAUGCCAGUCCAUGAUGGUACCAGGAUGUAUAAGAUGAGAUCUAAGCAUGAUGUUGUAGGAAGGAGAAUGGAUUCUCUUUCUGGCCAUAAUCCGCAUCCCUACGGCCGGAAAAUUGCUGGUGGACAAACAGAGCCUUGGUUGUGUAACACUGAUGAAGUGAGUCCUGUGGAUUCCCAGAGAGAACACCUGGAAUCUAAACAUUCAAAUAUAAAAUGCAAACACAUUGAAUCUCUUGGUAUGGAGGAGAGAGGGCUUUCUGGAAGGAUGGCCAAGGAGGACAAAUUGUAUGGAGAAAGGAGAGCAAUAAAUGAGUAUGGCAAUUCGCUUAGAGUAAUGGGUCAUCCAACAAAUGAAACGAGAGUUGCCAAGAGAGACCCAGACGAGUUUCCAGUUCCACAACAACAGCAUGCAAGGAAAACAUUGAUAGCAGAGAUGCCAACGUGGACAAAUCAGAUAAAAAGAUCUGCAGCGGAGAUGCCAUCUAGUUUCAGCGAGGACGAAACUGCAGAAACGAGCUCUUCACUUGAUUGAGAAAUCAGCUGUGGAUUUGUAGACAGAUUGAAAAGGAGUGUCUUGAAAUCAUCCAUGUCCAAGGGAGAGAACGAAUAACUGAUAUGUCUAUGAAGAUUUCCUUUGGUUGUACAGUUUGAAACAUUGUGUUUUGCAUUUAAACAAGAGGAAGCACUGAUAGGAACACUGUAAGUAGCAGCAAAAAAAUGUUUUUUUAGUUGUUUCGACUUAUGUCUGUUCCCUUCAGUGUUUUUACAUGUUUAUAUAUCUUUCAUACAUAGUUUUUUCUUUAUAAUCUAGUUAAUGGGGAAAAAAAAAAUUGACAAUGCUUUUGAAGUUCA